UACCUCUUCUGACUGUUCAUCCUGAAAAUAAACCAGUAAAACCAAGGAAAGUGUUUUCCUAAAUUCUAGGAGUCAUUCUAGAAAAUUACCAAACCUAAUUUGAGGGGAUUAGGGAACCCUAAACUCUGCAGUGCUCCUGGCAGAAAUGUGGGGAGCCUGGGCCCUCCAUUUGUGGCUGGCAUCUGAGUAGAGGGAGUUUUAUGAGGCUAAGACUUUGAUCUUGUGUGGUCUGAUGCUAAGUCUGGGAAGAUGGUGUCAGAAUUGAACUGAGUCCUUGGUCACCCAGGCAGAGAAUUAGUUGAUGUGAAGAAAACUACUGAGACAAAUUUUUAGAUUCUGAGAAGUCUAUGACUGUUGUGUGUUAUAGGGUGUCGGUCAUUUCGAGGGUUAAACAAAUGGACGUAACGUAAGCUUUCCCUGCAUACGGUUUGCAUCUGUGUGAGUGGAAAUCCAGAGGAAGAGACGUGGUGGCCGAACCCUUGAUGAUGCAACUGCAGAAAUCCAGGAUUAACAUAGAGAGUAUUGACGCAGUGAUCAUUGGUGGUAAGAAUGGAGAGCUCACUGCAGGAGACAUCACUGUGGGGCCAUGCUUCGGACGAGCCUUCUCAGGAGCCCCAAACCGGACCACAGGACCUGUCUGCCCUGAUAUCUUAUAAAGAACAAGAAUCUGUGACCUUCAAAGAUGUAGCUGUCGACUUUACCCAGGAAGAGUGGGCCCUGAUGGACACAUCUCAGAGAACGCUGUACAGAGAUGUGACGCUGGAGAACAUUAGUCAUCUGGUCUCUGUGGGCAUGAAAAACAACCAUAACAAGGAAGAAAUAAUACCUAUGCAAGAUAUCUGCACGAAGGACCCACCUAAUUGCUGGACAGUACAGAAAUGUCACGCAGGAGAAGAUCUCUGUUUAUAUAGUGGGUAUGAUGAAAUCUUCACCCACGCCUACACUUUGACUCAACAUGUCUUAAAUCACCCUGUACGGAAACCCUAUAAAUGUAAUGAAUGUGGAAAACACUUCACUCGAAAUGCCAACCUUCGUACCCAUAAAAUAACUCACACAGGAGAGAAUCCGUUUACUUGUACUCAGUGUGGGAGGCGCUUCAGGUAUUUUUCAUCGCUAACUAGACAUAAGCGAAUUCAUACUGGAGAGAAGCCUUAUGAAUGUCGUCUAUGUGGGAAAAACUUUGUUCGAAGUUCCAUUAAACGACAUGAGAGAACUCACACUGGAGAGAAACCAUAUAAAUGCCAUCUAUGUGGAAAAGGCUUCGUUACAAGAUCUAAUCUUCGAGAACAUGAAAGAACUCACACUGGAGAGAAACCAUAUACAUGUCAUCAGUGUGGAAAAGCUUUUGUUACAAGCUCUAAUCUUCGAGAACAUGAGAGAACUCACAGUGGAGAGAAACCAUAUAAGUGUCACCUAUGUGGAAAAGCCUUUGUUCAAAGCUCUUGUCUUAGAGACCAUGAAAGAAUUCAUACUGGAGAGAAACCAUAUAAAUGUCCUAUAUGUGGAAGAGCCUUUGUUACUAGUUCUUGUCUUCGAAAACAUGAGAGAACUCACACUGGAGAAAGACCCUAUGCAUGUCAUCUGUGUGGAAAAGCCUUUAUUCAAAGCUCUAAUCUUAGAGACCAUGAGAGAACUCACACUGGAGAGAAACCAUAUACAUGUCAUCUAUGUGGAAAAGCCUUUGUUACAAGCUCCAAUCUUCGAGAACAUGAGAGAACUCACAGUGGAGAGAAACCAUAUAAAUGUCAUCUGUGUGGAAAAGCCUUUGUUCAAAGCUCUUAUCUUCGAGACCAUGAGAGAACUCACACAGGAGAGAAACCAUAUAAAUGUCAUAUUUGUGGAAAAGCUUUUGUUACAAGCUCUUGUCUUAGAAAACAUGAGAGAACUCACACAGGAGAGAAACCAUAUACAUGUCAUCUAUGUGGAAAAUCCUUUGUUCAGAGUUCUAAUCUUCGAGAACAUGAGAGAACUCACACUGGUGAGAAACCAUAUAAAUGUCAUCUAUGUGGAAAAGCCUUUGUUACAAGUUCUAAUCUUAGAAAACACGAAAAAACUCACACUGGAGAGAAACCAUAUACAUGUCACCUAUGUGGAAAAGCCUUUGUUCAAAGCUCUUAUCUUCGAGAACAUGAGAGAAUUCACACUGGAGAGAAACCAUAUACAUGUCACCUAUGUGGAAAAGCCUUUGUUCAAAGCUCUUGUCUUAGAAAACAUGAGAGAGCUCACACUGGAGAGGAACAAUAUAUAUGUCAUCUAUGUGGAAAAGCCUUUGUUACAAACUCUGAUCUAAGAGACCAUGAGGGAACUCACACUGGAGAGGAACAAUAUAUAUGUCAUCUAUGUGGAAAAGCCUUUGUUACAAACUCUGAUCUUAGAGACCAUGAGGGAACUCACACUGGGGAGGAACAAUAUAUAUGUCAUCUCUGUGGAAAAGCCUUUGUUACAAACUCUGAUCUUAGAGACCAUGAGAGAGCUCACACUGGAGAGGAACAAUAUAUAUGUCAUCUCUGUGGAAAAGCCUUUGUUACAAACUCUGAUCUUAGAGACCAUGAGGGAACUCACACUGGAGAGGAACCAUAUCCAUGUCAUCUGUGUGGAAAAGCUUUUGUUACAAGAUCUGAUCUUAGAGACCAUGAGGGAACUCACUUUAAUUACAGUGAAUGAACAUGAAAGUGCCUUCAGCCACAGCUCUAAUCUAAAAUCAACCAUAAGACUCAUGUAGGGGAAGUUCUAUGGCCAUAUUCAAUAUGGAAAUGCAUUCAUUUUUAAUUUACUCUUACACAACAUGAGUAGACUGCAUUUGGAGAAACCCUAUAUUUAUAAUCAAGGAGGAAGAGAUAUCAGCUAGCCUCUGGUCAUAGGGUGCACAAGAGAAUCAAGAAUGAAGAAUACUCUAAUCUCCCAUAAAUGGGAAAUUACACAGGAAAAUCUUUACAGAAGAAGAUCACUCCAGUAGAAUAACUGAAAAUACUGGAGAACUUAGUCAUUGUUAUAUGCAUGGAAAAAAAACUUAACUGAUAGAAAAACUAUUGUAGGCAUGUGAAGUUUCACACUCUAUAUAAUAGUGAAUAGAAGUCUUCAGUGAUUUUUAAUUCCUUAGUCAACAUGUAGUUUCUCGCACUGUAUAUAUACCAUUGCUAAAUUCAGAUGAAAGGUUAGACUUUGCAUUAGAAAUCCCUGACUAGGAAAAACAUUUAUCAAGAAUAUCUUAAUACAGUUUAGAUAUUAACUUGUAAUUUUACCUAAUGACCUAUUAUAAAAUUUAAGAAAGAUAUGUAGGAUUGUGACAUCAUCUGGGAAUUCUAAAUUCAAAAUGUUAUAACAAUGAUUUUUUUGUAAUUGGAGUAGUUCUUGGAACUGCAUAUGAAGCAAAGUUGUUGCUAAAAAAGUCCAUGAUGUUGGUCAGGACCUACUUUAUAUAUCACAGUAGUAAUUCUGAUGAUUGGAUUCAACUAGAAAAUGUCUUUGGAUAUUAAAAUUAAAAACAACACAAGAUGAUGCGUCAUUACUACAUAUUGUUAACCAUGUAUGUAGGUCGUAAAGAUGAAUUAAAGAUUGUUACAUAGAUAGUUUGUGACUCAAUUCUGUAUACAUUUUCAUUUUAAAAUGCCAAUAUGGAGACAGUGCAGGGUAUUACGUAACUAUAAGGGGGGUCCAUUCAACAACAGGAUACAAUAUCUAUAUAUAUCUGCUCAACAUAGGAGCACCUACAUAUAUAAAACAAAUAUGAACAGAUGUAACAGGAGAUAUGCUUAUACAAUAGAAGGGGGACAUUAAUACACACUUUAAUCAAUGAAUGAAUUAUUCGACAAAACAAAAAUCAACCAUCAUAUCAUAUUAGAUGAGAUGGCCUUCACAAAGGUACACCUCUCACUUCAUCAAAAAGCAAGAGAAUAACACUGUUCAAAGAGUUGUGACAUUCUCCAGAAUUAGUCAUAGUGACCAACGGGUAAUUUUUCUUUUAUACAAGUGAUGUAAUUGUCCCUCUUCCUAUUCAGGAAAAAAACCUCUGCUUUCACCCCACAGAUGGGACACUUUUCUGGUUACUGCUGUAAUCGCUGCUCCCCAAACUGCAAUUCUUUACUCCUAAAUAAACUCAUCGGCCUCUUGUUGCA